AAGCAUGAAGCGCAGGUGAUCAGGAGACGCGUCUCGCGCGCGCCGAGUCCGGAAGUAGUCGUUGCUAAGAGAGUUAUUUAGAAGAACAAGCGGAAGAAAAACAAAAACAACGUGUUGUUAAAACCGCGCUUUCAGUCUCGAGCUCCUGUUGCAUGACGGCAAGCAUAAAGUUCACUCCUCAGACACGGUAAGAGAGAAACCUGACCGGCGACUGAUGUGAUCAUGGACAGCUGUGGAGGAGGAAGGGGUCAGGGGUCAAGACCUCAGCAUGGCAUGAUCACACUCGAAGAUCUGGAGUCUUUCUCCGGAGAUCAGCUCUCAGACUCGGGUUCAGGCAGUGCUGAAGAGGAGACAGAGGAGGAGGAAGAGGAGGACAGACUGCUGGCUUACUGGCAGGAGGUCGCCAGAGGACACCGAGUAGAAGUACCGAGAGAUAUGGCAGAACCCAUUCAUCAGCUAACGACCAAUAAUAACGGCACACACCAGCGAGAGACGGUUCCCUUCACACUCCUCUCAUGCAAGAAGAAGUGUGGGGACGUAGUUUAUGAGAAGCACUACGACAAAGCACACUGGGCCUGCAUCACGAUCAAAGAGGACACGUAUGAACAGAGCAUCUGCUACGGCUUCAUGAAGAUCAUGAAAUACAUUUGCCAGCAGAAUUCUUUGGGCAUUUAUCUGGGCAUGACCAUACCCAUCCUGACAGUGGUGCAUACAGAGGAGGCAAACACACGCUUGUCUAGAGCCAUCACUAUAGCAUAUCAUCUGCCCUCCAACCACCAGACUCUGCCACCACAGCCUCUUGACCCCGACGUAGUGAUUGAGACAUGGCCUGACAUGACCGUCUACAGCAGGGCCUUCACAGGUGAUACGAACGAGACGACCCUCAUGACUCAGAGAAACGCUCUGGCAGAAAUACUGGAUUCUCCCGGGCUGUACGUCACCAGCUCCUUCAUCAUAGCUGCCUACAGCAACCCUGCAAGUGCACACCGUGUAAACGAGAUAUGGUUCAUUCAAAGGCAGUGAAGGGUUUCCCCAUGGAAGCAUCGGUCCCUGCACCUGCUUAGUUGCUCUAAUCUACAGCUUGAACAAGCACAUUGUCCUGAGUGAAACACCCACACAGAGCAGUGUUGCUAUUUCUGAAUAAUAACUCCGAGGCGUACCCAAAAAUGCCGAGUUCCUUUAUGCAAAAUGAUAUGUAAAUGUUGGCCUGGCAGCUUGUGUUACUCAGUUAAACCAAUGUUCUCUCUUUUUUUACUGAAAUAAAAUCUUAUCCUAGAACUUAUUAAAAAUAAAAUUAAGGACAUACACAUGCUGCAGGUACGUCUGUGUACGAUUCCCCCCCCCAAUGUUUGCUUACUGCAGUUCCUGAGAAAAUAAAUCUUCAGUAGUGAAGAUUCAAGAUGAGCUGAAAGAAAAAUUGAAGUCUUUAAAGAUUUCUUAAUUGCAAAUAAAAGCUUGUUUUAUUCUUAA